CGACACUUCUGUCGAAUCGUGGCGCGCGUGCUCCACAGAACUUUUUUUUCACCAGCCAGUGUCUCGUAUUUAAUGUGUUAAAAAGUAUCGAUAUUUGGUAAAUAUUUUCGAAUUUUGAUGAAACUUUUUGGAAUACAAUAAUUCUUCAGGAGCGUCGAAUUCCUGACAUUUAUUAUUUCUAGUCUCAAUGGGGGGUUGGUUGAGCCACUUAUGGUGGGGUGGUAACCCGGACGAAGUGAAUCGUGUAUCCGGUCUAACGAGGAGAGAGAUAUACGCCGUGCAGAAGUCCUGGGCGCCCGUUAACAAGAACUCCGUGGCUACCGGAACUGAGCUGCUCAAAAGAUUUUUCCGCGCCUACCCGAAUUCCAAAGAUUUCUUCAAAAUGAUAUCAAAACUACCAGAGGAAGAAUAUUCGGAUAACUUCCAAUUCAAGGCGCACGUCAUCAAUUUGAUGGCGACAUUGAACCAAGCUGUGACCAACCUCAACCAACCUGAAGUUGUCGCUGUCAUGAUGAAUAAACUCGGAGAGUCACAUAAAAGGAGGAAAAUUCAAGAACAACAUUUUCAUGACUUAAAAGAAGUUAUCGUGAAGAUGUUCAUAGAAGUACUGAAAUUAGACGACUCGACACUCGGCGCAUGGGGCAAGACCGUUGGCUUUUGGUAUAAACACAUAUUCGAAACUUUGAACACACAUGAAAGUACAUAACAACUCUAUGUAUUUCACAAUAAGAAAUAAGCAAAUUACAAUUAGAUGUUGCGUACGUGUAUAUGUAAAUAAAAAUUGACAUUUAAUUUGUAAUCAUUUGU